AUGGAGAAGGGAUACGUGCGGGAGAGCAUGUCACCUUGCACAGUUCCUGUUAUUCUGGUGCCUAAGAAGGACGACUCUUGGAGGAUGUGUGUCGAUUGUCGCGCAAUCAACAAUAUCACGGUGAAGUAUCGCUAUCCCAUUUCUAGGCUAGAUGAUAUGUUAGACGAGUUGCAUGGCUCUAGAGUGUUUUCUAAGAUAGAUCUUAAGAGCAGGUACCAUCAGAUUAGGAUGCGUGAGGAAGAUGAAUGGAAGACUGCAUUCAAGACUAAGUUAGGAUUAUAUGAGUGGUUAGUCAUGCCAUUUGGAUUUAGUAAUGCACCUAGUACCUUUAUGUGUUUGAUGAACCAUGUGAUUAGAAAGUUCAUUGGGAGAUUUGUUGUUGCUUAUUUUGAUGACAUCUUGGUAUACAGCAAAUCGACUAGCGAUCAUAUAGAGCAUCUUAAGGGGAUACAGGUGGACGAAGAGAAGGUAGAGGCGAUACGGAACUGGCCGACACCUACCACCGUUGGAGCAGUUAGGAGCUUUCAUGGAUUGGCUGGAUUCUACCGACUAUUUGUCAAGGAUUUUAGCACUAUCGCAGCCCCAUUGACUGCAUCAAGAGAGACGUGGGUUUCAGGUGGGAAGAAGCUCAAGAGAAGGCCUUCCAAGACCUAA